AUGAAGCCAGCUUUAUCCUCACCAGCAAUCGUAUGGGGAUACCUUGCACUUACUGGUAUCUCAACAUCCUUCCCUACCACUUCCAUCAACAGUUCCGUCACUUCCCAAGAAUACCUCUCUAUUGACACCUUCCGCAACCCAGACAGCAAUGACCUAGGCUUCUGGCAUGGUGCAGGCGGAGAUAUCCCAGUUGAAUACGGAGCUAGCUACGUUCGUUUCUUCCCCUCGGACCCAGACCACGUUUAUCAUACCGUACUGUCGGGCGAGGGAAGCUGUUGCAGUCUGCGUUUGUACAAAGAAAAUAAAUCUUUUCUUCACAUUGUCUUCUCCGGAACAGACAGGUUCAGUGUUACUUUGAACCAGCACAAUCAGGAUUGCGAUUCGGGGAGGAAUCCAUACCCCGAGACCUGGGAUUCCGUUGAGGCACGCCGCUAUAUACAUGCGGAUAAUGACUAUUCCAUAACUUGUGAGGGCUAUGAUCGCGGCGAAAGGAAAAGGAGGGUCUAUAUCCCUCUGGACCAUUUCAACAUCGAUCAUGAACUGGCGGCUUCCAUCUCGUUUCAUGGGUUUUAUAGCAGUGUCGAUACGGCCGCCGGACACCAUCAGAUGCAGACGUUUACGCUAUACGAGGUCUCCAUUGUGAAUGCGAAAGACGUACCGGUGGACUUCAAUACUCCUUCAAAACUAGCCACCGGGAAGAUGAUCCUGCAUUGCUCCAGGCCCAAUUCAUUCGCCUUUGGUAUUGACGAUGGAGAUCCUAGGCUCGCGCAGGAGGUUAUGAGCAUCCUCAAAGAGGAAGAUGUGCUCGUUACCUUCUUUGUUGUUGGAGCUGGUCUGCGGGAUCCCGAAACGAACUUCUCAAAUGUUUAUACGGAGAUGAAGAACAGAGGGCACCAAAUUGCCCUGCAUUCUUGGUCACAUCCCAAAUUAGAAGCAUUGAAAACAAUUGACGAGAUUGAUUCAGAAAUUACCAAGAGCAUCCAGUCCUUGAAGGACACCCUAGGAAUAGAAUCUCAUUACUUCCGCCCCCCAUUCGGGACUGUGGGCUCUAGGACCCGCCAACGGCUCUCUUCCCUCCUGGGCAAUGCGUACAUUAUCAACUGGAGUGUUGAUAUCGAGGACUGGAUUUGGUCUGGUACCGAUACGCCGGAGAAGCAGCUUGAGGCUUUCAUUCGAGAUGUCGAGAGCGGCGGGAAUCUAGCUGUCUUACAUUAUUUGAGUCCGAGUACGAUUAGAUACUUCCGGGAUGCGAUCCGGUUCGUGAAGAAUAAGGGAUUGGAUAUUAUGAGAGUUGACCAAUGUCUCGAAGAUCCUGGUACCCGGGCUGUAGAUUAG